GAAGUAUUUGGAGCUGAUGUUAUUUUGACAUGGCAUUAACCCGUGUGGUAACUUCGCCAGUUAGCCAAGUUAAUGUUUGCCUGCUAUUUCUGAUAGCUGGGAUUUGAGAUUAUGAUUUUAGCCCAUAUUGUAUAUUUUCUGACGUGACACUGUUGAUUAUGUUUGGUUCGAGGUUGAAACGAGUCAUCUGGUGUUUUGGUUAGAUCGCGACUGGGAGCGACCUGUUUUGCCCUGUCCUUCCUAUCCGUUUCUUGUAUAAAUUGCACAGUGUAACCAGAUCGCUGACGUUAUAGCUGUAUACUCUUGCUAGCUAAGUAGCUAGCUGCCUAACUUGAUACAGUCAGCUAAACCUUUUACUUGAGGCAUGGUGAGGUAUUCAAUGUUUGGACUGACAAAGUCGUCUCAAAGCCGCAUCAUUAAAUGAAUCUAGAGUUAUUGCUAGCGAAUCGGUUACUUUGCUGCUUAAUAUAAGCAACAUGCCGGUAUAGCUAGCUAGUUAACCGGCAGAGUAGAUUUCGCUGGCUUGGUAGCAAGCAAAUGAAAGCAUAGUCUAAAGCUAGUUGCUAGCCGUACGUAACUUAGUGUUUGGCUUGCAAGGCCCGUGCGUUACAUGAAGCGGUAUCCUGGCGAAUAAGCCAGGAUUUAUGAACAACUGGACUAAAAGAAGCCGCAGACGUUGUCAGCGACAGAGCUAAAUGUAUAAAGUUUAAAAGCUGAUCUUGUCGUAGAACUACAUUUGUCAAGCCAGCGCGAGUUUCUUUAAUUUAAAAGAAACGGUCACAGGAGCGGUUUUGGGGCCCACGUCGAAUGUUACAGGCCCAGUCUACCUAUUCAGCUAUUUUUUCCCCAUAAUAUUUUUUUAGAAAGUCUGCAUGUGUAAAUCGGCUUCAUUUUAACAGGGCGAUCAGGGCAGUGACUUCCACGUUGGCCUGCUGCAGAGAAACACCCUCUCAGCUGAGAGUUGCGGCAUUUUGAAUUAUUUCUACACUGGUCCGUGGCUCUCCAUGCAGAACCCCAUGAAAUGAAUAAAGCACCACAGCCUAUAGCAGGACCCCCCUCUGCCCCCCACCCCGCCCCCUCCCCUGGACUCUCUCAGCCCACUUUUCCUCCUGGUCAGCCCUCUGUUGUCUUUGCCACUCCACCCCCACAAAUGAACCCGACACCGCAACCCCGCCAGUUUGCUGCAGGGCCUCGUGCUUUACACCAACAGGGAGGAUUCAGGUCACUGCAGCCGUACUACCAGAACAGGCCCAAUCUGCCCGCCAACGCCCCGCGAGUCCCGCCCAGCAACACGCCGCGGCCCGUGGCGCCGACGCACGUCUACCAGUCUGGGUCCCAGAUGAUGAUGAUCCCUCAGCAGCAGCUGACGUUCGGGAGCUCCCAGGCGCCCGCCUACUUCAUCCCCCCUGGACAGUACCGGUCCACCUACGUGACCGCGGCGCCCCAGCAGUACCCCGUCCCCACGGGCACCCCUGGAUUCUACCCCGGACCCAGCCCUGCAGAAUAUGGUACAUAUGCAGGAGCGUACUAUCCGGCCCAGCCGCAGUACCCCCCCUCGGUGCCGGCCCCGUCCGUCAUGAUGAACCCCCAGCAGCAGCAGCAGCCCCCCCCUCAGCAGCAGCAGAUCCCACCCAAACGGGAGCGAAAACAGGUACUGCCCCCAGGUUCCUCCAAGAUCAGAAUACGAGACCCCAACCAGGGAGGCCGCGACAUCACAGAGGAGAUCAUGUCAGGGGGCAGGACUGCCUCCACCCCGACACCUCCACAGUCUGCCAUGCAAGGCGUGGACGGAGGCGGAGUCGCCCAGGCCAACGGUGAGAACGUGACACCUGCCGCGUUGCCCGUCGGACAAGAUGACAGAGCGAAGCCCCCGGCCCCUGCCCCCACUCCCCCCCCUUGCAAGCCUUUGGAGGUGAACCCUAAAGAGGCCCCUGCAGGCGAAAGCAAGCCUGACACGGACACUAGGGUGGCCCCCCUGAUGGAGGUGCCCAUUCCCCCCGGGGACUCUCCCGUCAACACUAACGCCUCGCCCACACCCCCGCCGGACGUCCCCAUCAGCGACAUCGUGGACUCCCCCACGGGGCCCCCGGCCGCUGCCCCGACCGUCACGGCGCCCCAGGACGCCGCCCCCGUCCCCCCGACGACGGCGGAGCAGCCCCCGUCCCCCGAGCCUGAGAAGAAAGAAGAGGAGGAGGAAGAGGAAGUGAGGGAGGAGGAAGAGAAGAAAGAGGAAGCGGAGGAGGAGAAGGAGCAGCCUGUCGAACCCGAGCCUGUCCCCAUGCCUUCCUCCCCCGUCCCCCCCUCUGCCCCGUCCCCUACCCCUGCCCCUGACACUGCUGCCCCUGCCCCUGACACUGCUGCCCCUGCCCCUGACACUGCUGCCACGCCCGGCGCUCCGCCCGCCGCCGCUAACGGACUGGGCGCCGAGCCUCUGACUGAAGAGCGGGCCGAGAGCCCGCCCCCUGAACCCGAGGCCCCCGAGGAGCCGCCCGUCAGCCCCGUCACCCCCAUCACCCAGCCCGAGGAGCUGCUGCUCUCCAACGGCCUGGUGGCCCCGGGGGCCCCGGAGCCCGACGAGGCGUCCGAGGAGCCGCCCGAGUGCGACAUCAGCCCCAUCGCCGAGCCCGAGGUCGUCGCGCUGGCGGAAGCCCCGCCCGCGCUCGCCGCGACGCCCGCGGCCCCCGCCCCCGCCGCCACGACCCCGCCCCCUCCCGCUGAGGAGAGGGAGGACACGCCCCCUCCGCAGGCCGCCGCCGUCGCGGAGGAGAUCUCUAUGCAAGCUGCUGUCUCUGUGCCAAAGAAGAAGAGAAAAAUGAAGGACCUGAACAAAAAGGAGGCUGUGGGAGACAUCUUGGAUGCCUUUAAAGAGGAGCAGGUGGUGGAGAGCCCCCCGGAGCCGGAGCAGGCCCAGUCCGCCCCCGCCCUCCCCGCCCCCGCUGCCGCCGAGGAGGUGGACGAGACCUGGGAGGAGAAGGAGGACAAGCUCGACGCCGAGAACAUCGAACCCGAGGCCGUCAAACCCGGAGACCAGAAGUAUCAGUACAAAGAAGAGCAAUGGAAGCCCAUCAACCCCGAAGAGAAGAAGAAAUACGACCGUGAGUUCCUGCUGGGCUUCCAGUUCAUCAGUGCCAGCAUGCAUAAACCCGAGGGAUUGCCGCACAUCACCGAAGUGGUGCUGGAUAAGGCGAACAAGACCCCGCUGCGCCCCCUGGACCCCAGCCGCCUUACAGGCAUGAACUGCGGGCCAGACUUCACUCCCUCUUUCGCCAAUUUGGGGAGACAGCCCAUGGGUGGCAGAGGACCGCCCUCUGGAAUGGGCGGCCCCCGCCGCUCCCAGCAGGGCCAGCGCAAGGAGCCGCGCAAGAUCAUCGCCAGCGUCUCGCUCACCGAGGACGUGAAGCUCAACAAGGCCGAGAAGGCCUGGAAGCCGUCGGCCAAGAAGCCGGUGGCCAAAGAGAAGACCGAGGAGGACCCCGAGAUCGUCAAGACCCAGGACCUGUUCCGCCGCGUGCGGAGCAUCCUCAACAAGCUCACGCCCCAGAUGUUCCAGCAGCUCAUGAAGCAGGUGACGGAGCUGACCAUCGACACGGAGGAGCGGCUCAAGGGCGUCAUCGACCUGAUCUUCGAGAAGGCCAUCUCCGAGCCCAACUUCUCCGUCGCCUACGCCAACAUGUGCCGCUGCCUUAUGGGGCUCAAAGUCCCCACCACCGACAAGCCGGGAGUCACUGUGAAUUUCCGCAAGCUGCUGCUGAACCGCUGCCAGAAGGAGUUUGAGAAGGACAAGGACGACGACGAGAUCUUCGAGAAGAAGCAGAAGGAGCUGGACGCUGCUGCUGUGGAGGAGGAGAAGCAGCGCCUCAAGGAGGAGCUGGACGAUUCCAAGGACAAGGCCCGGCGGCGGUCUCUGGGCAACAUCAAGUUCAUCGGCGAGCUCUUCAAGCUGAAGAUGCUGACGGAGGCCAUCAUGCACGACUGCAUCGUCAAACUGCUGAAGAACCACGACGAGGAGUCGCUGGAGUGCCUCUGCCGCCUGCUGUCCACCAUCGGGAAGGACUUGGACUUUGAGAAAGCCAAGCCUCGCAUGGACCAGUACUUCCACCAGAUGGAGAAGAUAAUCAAGGAGAGGAAGACCUCGUCUCGAAUCCGUUUCAUGCUCCAGGACGUGCUGGACCUCCGACGGAACACCUGGGUCCCCAGGAGGGGAGACCAGGGGCCCAAGACAAUCGACCAGAUCCACAAAGAGGCUGAGCUGGAGGAGCACCGGGAGCAGAUCAAGGUGCAGCAGCAGCUCCUGUCCAAGAAGGACACGCGGGGCAGCGGCGGCAGCAGCGGGGCCGGGGGCCGCAGCGGCGGGCCCCCCCACCCCGCCGGGAGCCGCAUGAGCGUCCCCCAGGACGAGGGCUGGAACACUGUCCCCAUCUCCACGAAAAACCGCCCCAUCGACACCAGCCGGCUGAGCAAGAUCACCAAGCCUGGUGCGCUGGACUUCAACAAUCAGCUCCUUGCCCCCGGGGGCAAGGGCACGUGGGGCAGCUGGGGCAAAGGCAGCAGCGGAGGUUCGGGCUCCAAGCCCAGUGGGGAACCAGCCCCUGAGUCGGGACGUCCUGCCACCAGCACCCUGAACCGCUUCUCCGCCCUGCAGCAGUCAGCGUCCUCUGCUUCCGCCCCCCCCUCUGCCGACAGCGACCGGAGGGUCCCGCAGAGGAGCAGCUCCAGCCGCGAGCGCAGCGACCGCUUCGAGCGCCCCGAGCGCCUGGACCGGGGCAGCGACCGCUUCGAGCGGCGGGACGAGCGCGCGAUGGAGCGGGGCGACCGCAACCGGCCCCCCGUCACCAAGCGGAGCUACAGCCGGGAGACGGAGGAGCGCAGCCGCGAGAGGGACCGCCGCGGCUCGGCCGACCCCGUGCGCCGCGUGUCCAGCAUGACCGACGAGCGCGAGCGCGGCAGCCGCGAGCGCGACCGCGCCCGGAGCAAGGAGAGCGUGAAGCGCGAGGCCACGCCCACUCCCCCACCCACCCAGGCCAAGCCCGCCAUGAGCGAGGAAGAGCUGGACAAGAAGUCCACCGCCAUCAUCGAGGAGUACCUGCACAUCAACGACAUGAAGGAGGCGCUGCAGUGCGUGCAGGAGAUGAGCUCGGCGCAGCUGCUCUUCGUGUUUGUGCGGAACGGCAUCGAGUCGACGCUGGAGCGCAGCACCAUCGCCCGCGAGCACAUGGGCAUCCUCCUGCACCAGCUGGUGAAGGCGGGCACUCUGCCCACCGAGCAGUACUACAAGGGGCUGCAGGAGAUCCUGGAGGUGGCGGAGGACAUGGCGAUAGACAUCCCCCACAUCUGGCUGUACCUGGCUGAGAUCAUCAGUCCCAUGCUCCACGAAGGAGGCAUCCCCAUGGGAGAGCUCUUCAAGGAGGUGUCCAAACCACUGGUCCCGCUGGGCAAGGCCGGCGUCCUGCUGGCAGAAAUCCUGACCUUACUGUGCAAGGGAAUGAGCCAUAAGAAGGCCGGGGUGCUGUGGAGAGAGGCCGGCCUCAGCUGGAAGGACUUCCUGCCCGAGGACGAGGACGUUAACAAGUUUGUGACUGAGAAUAAAGUGGAGUUCACACUGGGAGAUGAUUCUGAGAAGACCAGCAAGCAGGAGCUGUCUUCUGAGGAACUGUGCAGACACAUGGACAAGCUGAUCCAGGAAAAGGCCGACAACCAGAGGAUCUACGAUUGGGUGGAGGCAAACCUGGACGAGCAGCAGACUUCUUCCAACAUGUUCGUACGGGCAGUGAUGACCUCCGUGUGUGUCUCCGCCAUUAUCUAUGAGAACCCAUGCAAAGUGGAUGCAGAGCAGAUCACACUGAGAGCCAAGCUGCUGCAGAAGUACCUGACGGACGAGCAGAAGGAGCUGCAGGCCCUGUACGCCCUCCAGGCCCUCAUGGUUAAGAUGGAGCAGCCGGCCAAUCUCCUGCGGAUGUUCUUCGACACGCUCUACGACGAGGACGUGAUCAAGGAGGAGGCCUUCUACAAGUGGGAGUCCAGCAAGGACCCCGCCGAGCAGCAGGGCAAGGGCGUGGCCCUCAAGUCCGUCACCGCCUUCUUCACCUGGCUCCGCGAGGCGGAGGACGAGUCCGAUAACAGUUAGGCUCGCCAGCGCCCUCUGGAGCAAGGGAGGGCAGGCGUGGGCCUGGAGAGAGGAGGGUUGGACUGUUUGUCAGGCUGGGGGUGCGUCAGAAUUGGCGCAGUCCUUCCGCAAAUCUCUUGGUUGGAGCGAUUCUACAGAUCGGACAUGCCAUCGUUUAUUUUUUUAUUUUUUAUUUUUUUUCUUCUGGCAAAUGUCUUUAACAAAAUGAAAUAAAAUUAAAAUAAUUGAAAAAAAAAAGAAUGAUAAAGAUAUAAACUGUGGGAGUGCAGUUCCUUCAGCAUUUUGGUUUUAUCUAGUUUUAAAGCGUCACUACACAAUUCGACGUCAAAUAAAAUCCAGAACAGAUAAACUAAGGCUGCUCUUAUAUUUGAAUAUAUCAUAUUGCGUUUAUGAAACAUGAUGCGUAUCAUGUGUCAUAUGUGUAUGAUAUACAUGCCGCUCUUACGUAGGUGGGUAGUAUUUUCUUUUUCUUAGGUGUAGGACGAUUGGAGUGUUUUUUUAAUAUAAAGGAAAAAUACAAAGUGGACAAGCUGGAGUUGUCUUUUCGGGACAUUUCAGAACGGAGACAAAUGGACUACAAGCUUUUUGGGGUAGGGGGGGACUUCCUGUUGUCUGCAGGAACAAGGGGGUGUGGCCGAGGGCAGAAUGGACAUUGACCUUGCUGCUGGGGUCACGCUGCUCCCUCUAGGCCACGCCCACCCCUGUCCUGCGUGUCCGUUUGACUUUUCUCCUACACUUAAUCUGUGGGGGGCCUGGCAAGGCCCUCCGGCAAGCCUGUAGUGGAUUUUAAAAGAUAAAAUCAUUAUUAAAACUUGAAAGUAUAUAGAAAAUUCAACUUUAAAAGUAAAAAGGCAAAAAAAAAAAAAUAAACAAAAAAAAAACAAACAGUACAGAUCCUAAAGGCUUUUCUGCUUCCGUAAGCAGAAAAAACAUUUCAGGAGAGUUCUGUAAAUAUAUAUUAAGGUUUUUUUUUUUUUUUUUCUUAUUUUUCAAAAAUAAAAAUGCUAAUGUAAUGCCAUGUAAUUUUUUUUUUUUUUCUUUCCAACAAAAAAGUGGCUGAGUUUUCCUGUAUUUAUAUUUUUUUCCUCCUUGGCUAGAAAGAAGGUGCUUGUAAUUAUCACCUGAAUUCAUUGAUUACAAUUUAAUUGAAAUUUGUAAAUACUUUUUUGCUUUCUUUAUUAAGUAUUUAAUUAAAAAAUUAAUGCCUCUUUUCACAUCGGAACUGGAAAAGAUAAAAUAAAGAACAUUGCAAAUAAAGAGAAGUUGCUUGC